AUGACAGCCUCCAAGUUAGGGAUGCCGCCCAAGAACAGCGCUCCUUCACGGAAGCGCGCUCUCGUGCUACCCAUCAUUGCUCCAAAGGACGAUCGUACAACAUCCAACCCCAGCUUUGAUCCCUCCAUGACCGAGCAAAUUCCACUGCCCAGACCACGUUCGCGAUUUCCUCCGCGGUCUCGUACAGGGUGCUGCAAGAGCGCCUCGAGCGAUUUCGCGACGGAUGAUCUCCUACCCCCUUUUUCACUGCUCACAUCGGAUGAAGAGCGGGAGAGGAGGGCAGAAACAUCGAGACCUGGCACAUAUCACGUCAUCGUCAUUCCAGAGAGUUUUACGCAUCUUCCAGAGUACAUUGAGAACGCGUCUGAAGAAGGACUCGGAGAUACAGUCUCAAGUCCCUUGUCCGGAAGCACCGAGACUGACCAAUUUGCAAACGAUCCGGAGCUUGAAGAUUCCAACACGGUCAUCCUGAAACAAUUCAAGGACACUAAACGAUCAUCGUCUUCUCAGUAUCUGAGUCCAAGCCGUUCACCCACAUCCGACUUGCGCGAGUCUUCUCUUUCCGCCGCCACCGCGACAUCUCAGAAUGCCGCAGAUGACGACCCAGUUCUGGACAUGUUGGAACAGGAGAGUCUAGAUGCGAUUCUUCUCGGCCAUUUUCGUGAUGUGGUGUGGAUGCAACUCGUCCCAGCCGGAGGAAUAUUCAACUUUGCGGGUGGAAGUUUAUUAGACACCGAUGUCUUCGACCGUGAAGCCACAAACUUUCCCCCUCUUGCGGCAGCUGAGCUCGAUGGCUCAAGCCUAUGGUCUCACCACAUCUCUCGAUUACUCCACAUAUCGGCUCUGAGGCGCUCAACGUUCGGAUCCGAGCCAUACCCGCACCUAGUCUGGUGGAUUUGCAGCGUUGAUCUAUACGCUCUUCUAAGCGGAGCGGGGACUGGGGCUUUUGUCCAGGAAGCGAUGGCAAAUCCAGAUUUGUUCCCUGGGCUUGGUGCUUUCCAACAGCCUACGCAUAUUGAAAGCUAUCGCAGUGUCUCUCUUGAAGACGGGAACUCCUCAAUUGUAUUAGGGCUAUACCAUGAUACUUUCAAGCUCGCUGCAAGACUCGGAUUCCUUGCAGCGGAGUCACGCAGAAUCAACCUGCCCUUUCCAUGUUCCCAUCAGGACCAACGUCAAAGGGAUGUUUGCGAGUGGCGCGAAGCGUUAUGGCAGUUGUGGAACUCGCCAGAAGCUCAGUUUCUUGCCCGGGCACAAGGGAGCUUACCACUAUUUCUACAAGAAAUCCUCUGGCAGUCCUCUCUGCUAUACCAUACCUCGCUCCUCGUCUCCUACACCAGUCUGUGGCCUGGGCAGCGUUUCGGGCCCGGAGCUGCGCCUCAAGAAGAAGUCCGCCACCAUGCUGCUGCAGUCUUCAGCGUCGCAGAAUCUGUGAUGGCGCAAAGCAAAGCGAAUGGCUGGCGCUCUGUGACCUUUCCUGUCUUCCUGGCGGGAUCCGUCACCCCCUCCAGUGAUCUCAAAGUGAUGGCAUUGGAGAUGCUCUCCAGAUUAGAGGCGCAAGAGAUCGGUCGCAAUGCAACAACCAUCCGGUAUCUACUUCAGGUGGUAUAUGAGCGACAGAUGCAGCAAUCCCGGGGCGUCGGCCAUCCGGGGAGUGCUGACUGGAUCGAGGUUCUUGCUGAACACGGUCUGCCUCUGGUGACUUUCGGGUGA